AUGUCUCGCCCUCUCACCGCAAGCGUCCUCCGCGCGGCACGCUCAGCAGCGCGUCAAACUCGCUCUAUCAACACCCAUGCUACCCCAGGUAGCAGGACAGCUGCCUCGGGCGCCUCGCACACACGCGUCGCCGUCGCCGCAGCCGUCCUCCUUGCCACCGGCGCCGGAGCCUAUGCCCUUGACAAGAGCGAACUCCGCGCGGCCCUCCCCCUCAUCGUCGACAGAUAUGCCAUCCAGUGCGACGCCGCUCCUGCGCCAGUGGACGGGGACGUGAAAGUCGACCCCGCCACCCAAGUCGCCCACCCGCUCACCCUCACCCCGGCUUCCACACCUGCCCUCACCCUCGUCGGUCUCGGCGUACGCACCGUCUCGUUCCUCAGCUUCAAGGUCUACUCUGCGGGCUUUUAUGUCAACGACUAUGUCUUGCGCAACAGCCUCCACUCGCUUCCGGGUUGGAGCAACUUCAGCGCGACAGAAAUUACGGGUCCGGCGGGAGAGGGAAUGAUCCAGGCUCUGCUGGAUUCGCCAGCUGACGUGGCUGUCCGCAUUGUCCCCUUCCGCAACACCGACUUCUCCCACCUCCGUGACGGAUUCACGCGUACCCUCCUCGCGCGCCAAAAGAUCCAGCGCCAGCAGGGUCUCCUCACCCCGGCUGACGACGAGCGCAUCGCCACCUCUCUCCAGGCCUUGAAGGCCAUGUUCCCUACCGGAUCGGUCCCCAAGGGCAACGAGCUCAUCGUGACUCGUUCCCGCGACGGCAAGUUUGGCCUCGAGUACAAAGGUAAAGUGCUGGGUACUGUGGCCGACAAGUGGCUGGCGGACAACAUGGUGCUGGCGUACUUUGAUGCCAAGAACUCCAUCUCGCCUCCCCUCCGCGCCAGUGUCGCCGAGGGUCUCGAGGAGUUCUAUCAGAAGAAGUAA